AUGGGUCGUAGCCAGGGAGUGGUAGUGCUCACAAACGCCAUGCUGGUCAGGUGCGCUUGUCCUGUAGUCAGUGUUGCUGCUCGUCCUCCGCCGUGCUUGUCAGUCGAAGAUUCUGGGGGUGCCGAUGAUGGUAAUGGGUCAGGUGAUCCAGAUGAUGCAGCAGAGAAUGGUCUCCGCCGACCAGUCAGUGCGAAGGACUUCUUGGGAAAGGAGUUUGCAACGGAGGAGGAUGCUUAUGCUGCCUACAAGGAAUUCGCUAAAUUAAGGGGUUUUGGAGUUCGGAAGGGAGAUGUAGCUCGUGUGAAUGGGGUGUUGAUUAGGAGAGACUUUUUCUAUCAUCGACAAGGUACAAGACAUCCUAAGUACUACGACCGUCCUGAGCGACUAAGGGAGGAGAGGUUGGAGAGUCGCACGGACUGUAAGGUAAAGUUGAAGAUUUACUAUGAUAUGCAGCAUAGUGUGUGGAGGGUCAGGACCAUCGUGGACGAACACAACCACGAGCUUGCUCCAGCAGUGUUCGCACGUCUCCUUCCUAGUCAUCGGAAGAUGAGUGACGGUGACAAGGCACAGGUGGAUAGUUUCAAGCAGUUUGGGAUCGCCACAUCGAAAAUAAUGGCUUACAUAGCGGGGCAAUCUGGUGGGUAUGGCAUUCUCCGAUUCACAAAAUGGGAUCUGUAUAAUUAUGUUCACGGGCAAAGGGUUGCGCGAAUAUCCGAUGGCGACUAUCAGUUACUUGGAGGGAAAGGCAAAUGCUGA